GGGGUGGGGCCGCGGCCGGAGGGGCCCGAGCGGCUGCCGAGCUAGAGCCGGAGGAGCCGGGCGCGGGCGGCUGCGGUCCCGGCGGCGGCGGCGGCGGCGGCGGGGGAAGAUGGUGGCGCUGGAGGCGGGAGCAGCUGGAGAGCAGCUUUAUUCCCAGGCUUGGCACGGUCGCUGUCACUAGCGCCGCCUGCUCCCGCGGGCCCGCGGACCCAGCUGUCAGGCAAGGUACCACCGCCAGGGCGGGCUGGGCCCCGUGGAGCCAAAAUGAGCGCGCAGUGAGCCAACGCAGCCUCUCGCCAGCCAUCCCCCGACGCCCACCAUGAACCACUUGGAGGGCUCCGCGGAGGUGGAGGUGGCCGACGAGGCGCCAGGAGGGGAGGUGAACGAGUCCGUGGAGGCCGACCUGGAGCAUCCCGGGGUGGAGGAAGAGCAGCAGCCGUCGCCAUCGCCCCCGCCGCCCGCAGGUCACGCUCCCGGGGACCACGGGGCGCAUCCCACGCCCCCGCCGCCCCCACCGCAGGAGGAGGAAGAGGAGCGCGGCGAGUGCCUGGCGCGCUCGGCCAGCACCGAGAGCGGCUUCCACAACCACACGGACACGGCCGAGGGCGACGUGCUCGCCGCGGCCCGCGACGGCUACGAGGCGGAGCGCGCGCAGGAUGCCGACGAUGAGAGCGCCUACGCCGUGCAGUACCGGCCCGAGGCCGAGGAGUACACGGAGCAGGCGGAGGCCGAGCACGCCGAGGCGGCGCAGCGGCGCGUGCUGCCCAACCACCUGCACUUCCACUCGCUGGAGCACGAGGAAGCCAUGAACGCCGCCUACUCGGGCUACGUCUACACGCACCGGCUCUUCCACCGCGCCGAGGACGAGCCCUACGCCGAGCCCUACGCCGACUACGGCGGCCUCCAGGAGCACGUGUACGAGGAGAUCGGGGACGCGCCCGAGCUGGAGGCGCGCGAUGGCCUGCGGCUCUACGAGCGGGAGCGCGACGAGGCGGCCGCCUACCGCCAGGAGGCGCUGGGCGCGCGGCUGCACCACUACGACGAGCGCUCCGACGGCGAGUCCGACAGCCCCGAGAAGGAGGCGGAGUUCGCGCCCUACCCGCGCAUGGACAGUUAUGAGCAGGAAGAGGACAUCGACCAGAUCGUGGCCGAGGUCAAGCAGAGCAUGAGUUCGCAGAGCCUCGACAAGGCGGCCGAAGACAUGCCCGAGGCAGAGCAGGACCUGGAGCGCGCCCCGACCCCGGGAGGGGAACACCCCGACAGUCCCGGGCUGCCAGCGCAGACCGGGCAGCAGCCCCGGGUCGUGGGAACCCCGGGAGGCAGCGAGAUUGGGCAGCGGUACAGCAAGGAAAAGAGGGAUGCCAUCUCGCUGGCCAUCAAAGACAUCAAGGAGGCCAUCGAAGAAGUGAAAACCAGGACCAUCCGUUCGCCUUACACCCCCGACGAGCCCAAAGAGCCCAUCUGGGUCAUGCGCCAGGACAUUAGCCCCACGAGGGACUGUGACGAUCAGAGGCCUGUGGACGGAGAUUCUCCGUCUCCUGGCAGUUCCUCGCCCCUGGGUGCUGAGUCGUCAAGCACACCCCUUCAUCCCGGUGACCCCACGGAAGCCUCCACAAAUAAAGAGUCAAGAAAAAGCUUGGCUUCAUUCCCAACCUACGUUGAAGUUCCUGGACCUUGCGACCCUGAAGACUUGAUCGAUGGGAUUAUUUUUGCUGCCAAUUACCUUGGUUCCACUCAGCUACUCUCCGACAAAACUCCCUCCAAAAAUGUGCGCAUGAUGCAGGCCCAGGAAGCUGUGAGCCGGAUCAAGGACAAAGAGUUCAGGUCCCUUAACACUACAGGACUGCCCGUACCAGAGGCCAUUACUAGCAGCAGAGCCGACAUCAGUAGCUGCAAACACAUGGCUGAGGAGGUGGACACCACAGCCCCCAUGCAGACGGCCCAGAAAUUAGCCAAAAGCAGGAAGAAGGCUCCUGAAGGUGAGUCUCAGCCAAUGACUGAGGUGGACCUCUUCAUCUCUACCCAGAGGAUCAAAGUGUUGAAUGCAGAUACACAGGAGCCUAUGAUGGACCACCCUCUGAGGACCAUUUCCUACAUCGCAGACAUCGGGAACAUCGUCGUGCUGAUGGCCCGCAGGCGGAUGCCCCGCUCCAACUCCCAGGAGAAUGUGGAGGCCUCUCACCCAUCCCAGGAUGGAAAAAGACAGUACAAGAUGAUCUGCCAUGUCUUUGAGUCUGAGGAUGCCCAGCUGAUCGCGCAGUCCAUAGGACAGGCAUUCAGUGUUGCGUACCAGGAAUUCCUCAGAGCCAACGGCAUUAACCCAGAAGACCUCAGCCAGAAGGAAUACAGUGACCUGCUCAACACCCAGGACAUGUACAACGAUGACCUGAUUCACUUCUCUAAGUCGGAAAACUGCAAAGAUGUCUUCAUAGAGAAACAGAAAGGAGAGAUCCUGGGGGUUGUGAUUGUGGAGUCUGGCUGGGGAUCCAUUCUCCCCACCGUGAUCAUUGCCAACAUGAUGCACGGGGGCCCUGCCGAGAAGUCAGGGAAGCUGAACAUCGGGGACCAGAUCAUGUCCAUUAACGGCACCAGCCUGGUGGGCCUGCCCCUGUCCACCUGCCAGAGCAUCAUUAAGGGCUUAAAGAACCAGUCCCGAGUAAAGCUCAACAUCGUGAGGUGCCCCCCAGUGACCACAGUGCUCAUAAGGAGGCCGGACCUUCGCUACCAGCUCGGUUUCAGCGUGCAGAAUGGAAUUAUCUGCAGCCUCAUGAGGGGGGGGAUAGCUGAGAGAGGAGGCGUCCGCGUGGGACAUCGGAUCAUCGAAAUCAAUGGCCAGAGUGUUGUAGCCACACCACAUGAGAAGAUCGUCCACAUCCUCUCCAAUGCUGUUGGCGAGAUCCACAUGAAGACGAUGCCAGCAGCCAUGUACAGAUUGCUGACGGCCCAGGAGCAGCCGGUUUACAUCUGAGCCGCACGGCCGUGGCAUGGCGGCGGCAUGCAUGGAGGACUCUCCUAACCGUGGUUGUGUUUCUUGUGCUGCAUCUGUGUGUCCACUGAGACAUUCCCCUCUCGUGCCCGGCGUUUGGUCUUACACAGGAAGAGAAGAAUGGGCAAGGGCCUCUUUGCUCUCUGUCUCUCUUCAGUUUGCUUUUUUCUUGUUCCUUCCUUAAUACCAGGGAAGUUUUGUGUGUGCCCUCUUGAGGGUGGAGAGCAGCUGAUAUCUACCUGGGAUCAUGGUGGAGGGCCUUUGGGGGAUCGUAAAGUGGUUGGUACUGCCCAAGGAGGCAUCAUCCCUCCCCAAGAGACACAUACUUCCCUGAAGGAGCUCCCAGAGGCAGCACAGAAGGUGACUGAGCAGUGCCUAAAACUCAGUUGCUGAUCACACUGCCCUUCCUCGCGUCACUUGAUGGGAAGAUGGUUGGUGACAGGUGAUGGCGUUGACCGUCCUUAAAGCCCACAUCUUUAAGGAUGUUCGCUGCCUGCUAUGUAGUUGGGGGCCCGUACAUUAUUUCUGCCCAGAAUUUCUGAGCCAGUUUUAAAUCUCUUCCAUGGUUUCUUUGAGUUGCGGUGUGUGUGCUCAUGCAGGCCUUGCUGCUGAGAAUCAAGGAAGUGAUAUCCUGGGCUAGGCUGCUGCGACACCACAGAGACCCUGACAAGUCACAGGGCCUCAGAGUGUCCAAAGUUACCAAUUGGAGGAUAAUCACAGGCAGGUACUAUCCUCCUAAUGUGUUUGCAUAGGCACUUACGUGUACAACACACACACACAUACGAGCCCUGCACAGUGUCUCAUUUUGCCCUCUACCUGCAUUGAAGCAUGCUAAAAACCUAACACAGAGACCUUGUGGAGAACCCCCAGCACCUCUCUGGAAGAUUCCUUCCCCUAGCAGGUUGACACAGGCAGGAAGCAGCCAGCCUUGUCUGAAGAAAGACACUCUCCUGGCCUUCUCUAUCGCAGUUGGCUCUGAGUUCCCUCCAAGACUCCCCCACCCCAUGUACACACUGGAGGUUCUUGAGGGACAAACUGUGAUGUGGGUAACCUACGGUCAUGCUUCCCCGCCCAAAGGCUAAGCCAGCCUGGGCCCGUCACUACUACUAGUGAGGACAUGAUAUUAUAAAGGCUAGAAGAGAUGAUCCACUACAUCAGGCAGACGUAACCCUUGGUGUCGGGCCUAGGAAUCCCCAACUGUGCUGCAGAAACAUGCUCUACGGUCUUGUAGAUCUGGGAGUUUGCAGCUGGCCUGGAAGGCUUGAUGUCGCCAUCAGAUGCCUCACGCUUUGGAUCACGUCUCAGUCUAAUCCAUGUGUUUUAAUAAUGUCAUUCUGAGCCAACUUCCACUUAUUCUUGGUCCAAAGAGAAGUUUGUUUCCAUGUGGGAUGUGACUUGUUUUUUGUUUUUGUUUUGUUUCGUGGAUGACCUCAGUAGAGACAGGGGAAGGAAAACUAAUAUAUUUUGUAGUAUGACUAUAAUCCCUGUUCUCCGCAUCUGGGAUAUUUAUAUUGUAUCUUUGGAAAUGGGAGUUCAGUGAGCAGUAUUCGGGAGGAUGGAUUUAUGGAGGGAAGAGAGAGAUCUGGGGGAGGGAGAGAUGUGAAUUGAACAAGAGAAGGAACAGGAAGCUUCAGCCAGGGUGGGAAUCAGCCAACCCCUGGGGCCUCUGACUUCGUGAGAGGUCUGGAGAGGCUCGGGAAAGCCCGGUGCUUGCUGGGAUCCGCAGUGAGCCCUCAGUUUUCCUCUAGCACAAAAAGCCCCAGUGAUCUGAGGCCACCAGCUGUCCAGAGAGCAGACGGAGAAGGACCAGUCCUGCUGCUGAAAAAGCUAUGUGGUGUUGGGACCACAGGAGCUAGGCCGUCUGGACUUGAUUGUAAGGGUGUCUAACAGAAUGUUCCUGUGUGACCAGGCCCGAGGUCAAACCCCAGCAAACGGGAAGCCCAGGAGCCAUGGCUUGGGUUUUCUUCAAGUCUCCUGAAAUAACUGAUCUGUCAGGUAUCACCGCACACCGAAGGGUGUGGUUCAUCUCUUCUCUGCCAGAGAUGAUGGGUAGGACAAAGAGGGGCACUAUUGCUGCCACUUCUGGCAUUGGGAACCUUGGUAAAGUCUCUUGACAGGCUUAUGUCUAUCUGACCCAGGGUGGCCACCGUGGGUAGGUGCCCAAGCACCUGGACCUCAGAGGCUAACCUGGGACCAGUCAGGGGCAGACCCCACAGGCAUUAUGCCCAGGAUAGCCCCCAAGUAAUCACAAAGAAAUAUCUUCACCCCAGAGAAAGAGGAAAGAGAAAAUGCUUUCCCUCCUUGUCAUACAGGAGCCCUGGAAGCUUUGAGGGGAACUCCCCUAGGGAACUAACAGUUUAGCCAGAUUAUAAGGAUUACUUAGUCUUUUGUGUUAAGGGAGGAGCCCAGUCCAGGCCCCCUGCUGAAGCACGUCCUUCCUCUGCUAGUAUCAGACUGGUUAACCUUGGGGUGAGGUCCUCCAUAUUUUCAUAUACAUAGUUACAUAUGUAAAUAUCUCAGUGCUCUCAGUAAUGGGCGACACACAUAGAGCCUCCUUCCUCAGACUGCGAGGCACAAAGCCACUCUGGCCACUCAGCCAGAGCGUGCUGGGGACUUGACUUUGGGGCAGGCUCCCAGAUCCACACCCACACCCACCCCCAAUCCAAUGAGGUUGCACUAGAACCCACUCUGCCUCUGCCUUCUCCUCGGGAGCAUUUCAGGGAGCCACCAUCAGCCUUGAGUUCCUGAGAGGGAGGGAAGCCUCCCAGAUCCAUGGCGGGAGCCCACUUCCCGAGUGAGCGAGUGAGUGAGCGAUCCCUUCCCCACAGCAGGCUCCAGGGGGGGAGUAGAGCACACAGGUUUGCUUUCUGAACUUCGCCCGCCCAUCGACACUGGCCUUCAGGGAGUCCAGAGUAACCUACUACCUCCCCCAUAGCUCCCCCUCCCUCCUCCUGCAGCCCCGCCCACACCUAUGCUCCCAGUGGCACACUGAUGAAAACCCCACCCACAGAGCCCUGCUCAGGUCUCUCCACCCACCGGGGUAGCUGUCACCAAUGUUUACAACCAAGGGCCACCUCUUCCUGCUGUUCUAACUCUCACCUUCACCAGGCCACCCUUUAGUUUGAGUUUCCCCUCUGUCUGCUCCUUCCCUGGUUAGGGUCCACUUGAGUACACAACCCUGAUUUUAUCCUCCCUCCAGCUAAGGCAGUGUGUGAUGACUGUGUGGGAAUGAAAUCUCUUGUACAUACUUAGCACACCACCUGGGGUAUGAACCCGCACCCCUGUUCCGUAACGGGGUGCAUUAGCGCUUACUGUAAAACAUGGGGAGAAGUAUAGUAUUGUAUUUGUAACAAUAUUGUUCUUUGUAUACACGAAACUCAAUGAUCUCUAUAUAUAAAUAUAAAUAUAUAUAAAUAAAAUAUAUCUACACGUGAGCCUGGAAUGUGGAUACUGCACACCCACUGAAUGUAUUUCCUCUGACAGUCUGGUCACGGGUCCUGGACCACCCUCCCCUUCUUUGUGCUGUGGCGGCAGUUGUCUGGUUUGGGGUUGUGAUGUAUUUAAUGUGCUAUCUCCUUAUUUAACUGAACGCUAAUGUCUGUAUAAGAAUUGCUGCAACAAUAAACAAAGACUUCAA